AUGCUGAUCAUUGGUCUCACUGGUGGGAUUGCGUGUGGUAAAAGCACGGUGUCAAAGAGGCUUCAGGAAAGGCACAAAAUACCGAUCAUUGAUGCAGAUCAAAUCGCAAGAGAUAUUGUGGAACCAGGCCAGGAUGCAUACAAGAGGAUUGUGGAUUACUUCGGGGACAAAGUCACUAAUCUAAAGCUACCAGAUGGUCAUUUGAAUAGAGGAGCGCUGGGAAAGUGGGUAUUCGAGCACCCUGAUGAUUUGAAGAAACUUAAUUCUAUAACCCACCCUGCAGUAAGAUAUGCAAUCUUUAAAAAUAUCCUCUGGUACUAUGUUUGGGGUUAUCGAAUGUGUGUGUUAGAUGUGCCCUUGCUAUAUGAAGCACGAUUGGACAAAUUCUGUGGGAUGACGGUGACUGUUAUUUCUGAUCAGCAUCAACAGGUGGAGAGAAUCCUCAUUAGAAAUCCGGGAAUGACGGAAGCAGAUGCUUUAAAUAGGAUCAAGGCUCAAAUGACAUCGGAAGAACGUAUUGAACGCGCAGAUUACGUACUAGAGAAUACUCAGGAUUUGCCUCAUCUUCUCGAGCAAGUUGAUUCGUUUGUCAGAAAGGUCAAACCGACAUUGAUCAAAACGGUGAUAGAAUAUUUCCCACCAUUUGGCGCUAUCAGUGCCGCAGCCAUCAUAUUAUCGAAGUCUUUCUUAGAUUCUCACAAGAGGAAAAUGCAGUGA